UGCGGGCUUCCUUCAAAAGGGUUGGCGAAACACUGAAUUGAGCUCUGCACAUAAUUAGCCUGUCGUCUCUUGAGCCUUUGCAGAACUGUCGCGUCUCGGAAUCUCAUCUCCUUAACCUUUCUGCAAUACAAUCGAUUCUUUCUUUUCCUCGCCGACUUUUUUCAGCCAAGCCCUACACUGUGCUUUCGCUGCCCCGCCUCAUCGCUAUCACCAUCUGCGGACGAACACACACGGCAUAUAUACCAAGAUGUUGGAAGCACGUUUAGAACAAGCGAGCCUUCUUAAGCGGGUUGUCGAUGCCAUUAAAGACCUCGUUCAAGACUGUAACUUUGACUGCAAUGACUCGGGAAUCGCCCUCCAAGCCAUGGACAAUUCGCACGUUGCUCUCGUCUCCAUGUUGAUGAAAGCUGAGGGGUUUUCUCCGUAUCGGUGCGACCGCAACAUCGCCCUGGGUAUCAACCUUGUCUCCCUGACCAAGGUUCUGCGCGCUGCUCAGAACGAAGAUAUCUUGACUUUGAAAGCAGAUGACUCUCCAGACGUGGUCAACCUUAUGUUCGAGAGCGCAGAGACAGACCGUCUUAGCGAGUACGAUAUUAAGCUGAUGGACAUUGACCAAGAGCACCUAGCAAUUCCCGAGACGGAAUACGCUGCUACAGUCUCUAUGCCUUCUGCGGAAUUCCAGCGUAUCUGCCGUGAUCUGAAUGCGAUUUCUGAAUCUGUUGUCAUUGAGGCCACAAAGGAGGGCAUCAAGUUCUCAUGCCAAGGCGACAUUGGAAAUGGCUCUGUCACAGUUCGCCAGCACACCAACGUCGAAAAGCCAGACCAGGAUGUUUCUAUCCAGCUUAGCGAGCCUGUCGCGCUUACUUUUUCGCUCAAGUACCUUGUCAACUUUUGCAAAGCCACCUCCCUUUCCAGCCAAGUCAACUUGUGCCUAUCCCAGGAAGUGCCUCUACGUGUCGAGUACAGUCUUGGAAGCGGCCACUUACGUUUCUUCCUUGCUCCUAAGAUUGGUGAGGAGGACUAAACGGCAAGCGCACUGAUGUAAAGGUAAUAGACUAAAUAUGGGUUUACCAGCUUUGUGAUAUCGAGGGUUGUUCUAGGUCUAACAAUCGAUUUUGCCCACCGAUCUUUUUCAAUGACCUGAUAUGUGUGCAAGCGAUAAAUGCUGGCGUUCCUUUCUUUCUAUGGUCAUACUACUAAUGGGUUUGAGAUAUUAUCGGCGGGUAAUGACAUGAAAUGAAUUUUCUUGACCUCUUAACAUUACGACCGCUUUGUAAAUUUCUUUUUCUUAAAUGCAACACAUACUUGCGGGCUAUUAAUACUCUUCCUUGGUGU